CAACGGUUAAAAUUUCAUUUCUAAAUUUGUUUUCCAGUUACAAACUGUAGCAUAGAAAAAAUAUCCCCAAAAAUUGUUAUUAUUGACUUAUUUCUACUUAUAAAUGAAUUCUGGGCGCUGCUCCUUCUGAAGAAACACAUGGGUAACCUGUUUGUAUACGUGUUUCUUUUCUUUCUGCAGUUUUAGAAGUCUCUCUGUGUCAAUAGAGAUCACUUCCAGAGACUAGUCUAAACAAAUUCCAAACACGGCAUCCUCCAUUUAGAAAAUGGUGCUAAACAAUAUUAAAGAAAAACUGGACAGCUGCAGUUGAAUAGCUACCACUAAUUCUAUUAUUUUUUAGCUGCGGUAUCACAUCCUCUGGGAUCACCAGCGCCCUCUGCUUUGACACAGGCAUACUGCGGGCUUCACCUUCGCAUUUCUUGCAAUACAAAAUACUAAAUGGGUCACAAACUUGCACUGAUGUGAUCAGACAGUUGGCAAAAAAUUAAAAGACUGAAGUAAAUAAAAAUAGUGUAUUUUAUUACUAUAGAAGGACUGAAUCAGUUGCUACGGUUACAUGGACAAAAGUAAUUGGAAUAAACGCCUGAUCAGAACAAAAACGCGUCAUGUAAAUCCCCCGUUCGGAAUACUCUGCCCCGAUCAGAUUCAUUUGGAUCAAGAUUUCUUUCUGAUUGACAUAGGUGGGUUAUGCUCAUUGUUGAUCCGAUUGUGGUGCAUGUAAACAGUUUAUUCCAGUUGUGGAUCACUACUGCUCUGGCUUUUGCGUCAUCCGUAGAUGGUGUGGCACUGCAGAAGACACAAUCAUAGCUUCGUGUUUGCAGGAAGGGAAGGGUGCUUUGUUGCGGUGUGCACUCCAGAGAAGGUUUCGGAUCGUAGUCCGUCCGGCAGUCUGUGGGGUCUAAAGUGAAUGUUAAAAUUGGGGGGUGGGACCGGCGAGCGAUGAGCCCGGAUGCCCCCCUCCACCAGACCAUCCCCACAAAAUGAAUCAAGGUGUCUAAUAUGCGAGUAAAAGUGGAAUAGUGGGCAGGUGCCAACGUGACACUAAAGAGAGUCACCCCCGACCAGCCCCGCCAGCAUAUCCCACCCGUCUAAUUCCCGGAGCCCUAUGUGCAUGUGUGCAACAUUUGUUUGGGUGGGAGUGGGAAGGAGCAGGCGGAUGGGUACAUCGAGCAAGCCAGCUGCAGUAGGCGCCUCAACUCCCAAGGCGACCAGGCAGCCACGAGGCGGCCAGCCAGCCGCAGACAGAGGGCGAGACAGCGCCAGCGGAGAGAGACAGUCAGCAAGGAAGGGGCCGAGCGCUGCACCUGAGGGGCAGGAGGUCCAGCACCACCACUCAUGUCACAAUGAUUUAAUCCGAUUGAAAGUGUGGCUUAUGUUUACGUUUGUUAUAAUCGGGUGACGUUUUUCUGGGACCACUUCAAUUUUAAUCCAAUCUUGGAUCUGAUCAACUAAAUUUUUGUACAUGUAUUCGUGUAUUUGAACUGGAAAUUCGUAAAUUCUCCACAUUAUUUUUUACCAAAGAAACAUUGAAAACCCUUUUAGUAGAAAAAAGUAUAUUCAUUUUUAUUUUGUUUAUGUAUUUCUUAAGCUAUAUUCUGCCUCCCUUGACUGCAUGUCACUGGUGUGAGUCUUUAUAUAUGUGAAUGCGUGGGAACACUUCAGUGUGUUUGUGUGUGGAGAUUCCUUUGUCGACAUGUCUGACCAGUAAAAGUUUCUUCUUCUUCUUCCUCACAGACAGGGUGGAGCCACAAGGAAACUGGGGCUACGAUCUGAUGGGGUUGAUGUUUUGUAGAUUCUGGUUGCUGGUCCUGAUGAUGAUGUUGAAGAAUGUAGCUACUUCAGUAAAGCUCAUCAAAGUCACUGUGACCAGCGGUAAGAGCCUGGUGCUGUCUCCUGACCACCUGGAGGGAGUCAAAGAAGGCUGGGAUUUCAGGUGGACCCACUCUCACUUGGUCCUCAACAACCGGACUACUGAGUGUCCACAUGGACGCUGUGAGUUGCUGAAGAACGGAUCUGUUAGAUUCAGCCAAGUCCUGCUGGAGGACUCAGGAAACUACACCCUGGAGGUGUUUGAUGACAAAGGAAUACGCAAGAACAGGACUCGGUUCUUGGUGCAGGUGGAUGUGUCUUCAGGUUCCAGGAUUGAGAGGCCAGCCAUGCUCUUGUGGCUCCUCCUGUUGUUCCCACUCAUCAGCAUCAUCUUCUUCAUCCUAAGGAGGAUGAAGAAGAAGAACAUGAAGAAGAUGACCACAGGCCAGAAAGAGAACAAUGUCUAUGUAGAGAUGAAGAGUUGCAAUGGCCACAAGGAGAAGCAAAGAGAAGAGUCUGUCUAUGUUACCUGUCAUCCUGCUGUGAAACAAGAAGACAUAUGUGCGUGACAAGAAAUCAAAGCAGUUCAAUUUCCAUCUUUUUUUUUUUUGAAUAAUUAGCUAGAAUCCAAUGUUCAAACUGACUGCUGACCAAAAUACAGAUGAACCUUCAGCAGGAGAUGGGCUGCAUACAUACUGAAAACAGACACCUUUCAGAAUCAUUACCAAGAGUUCCAGCUCAUCAAAGAGACACAGCUUACUAAAGAUGAAAGCAGCUGGUAAAAACGUGUGAACAAGUUUCAUUUUCAGGUCGCAUUUGAAGCUGCAGCCUCACUCUGCACACACACAUUACACGCACACACAUUACACAGUCCCAGCUGAAGAUGGACUUUAGCGUUGUUCACACCGUUCAAACCAUAAUUCUUCGCCAAACUCCGGAAACCCCCUGCCACACCUCUCCACAACGCUCAAAAUGCCCUGCUGCCAGACCGCCAUGUCGCUCAAAACACGCCACACGGUCUCUGAAUGCAUCUGUACAUUCACAGCACUAAACUGGACGCCCCUGAUGCCUGAAUUGUAAACACAGCUUCAGACUCCAUGACUGCUGUUCUCUUUGUACCUGUUAAACUGAUUUGGAUUCAGUUAGGUUUGCUUCUAACUGUGCUUCAAACAGGAAAUAAAAGUAUCCCCCCACUGGUCAACACUGGAAAAUUGAAAUUUGAUCUAGAAGGAAAAGAAAAUUCUACAUUAAAGUUUUUUUUUUAGUUUCUAGGCUAAUUUAAAGCCUCAAUUGGGUCAAACAUAUUUGGCUGAUUUUACUCCGCCCACCUCCACAGUUUUCCAAACAUGUACUGUUCAGCAUGGCAACAUAAAGGGACAGUUUGGUAGAGUCUGGCCAUGGCUGCCCAUUAAAAGGCACAUCAGUUAUCGCAGAAGUUUGACCUUUAAAGUGUUAAAAAAGGGAUUUGAAACCCACACUGCUUCUGAGCAAAGUUACAGGUGUGCUACAGAUGAAAGAUGCUCAAAAAAAAUCUCUGUUUUUAGAUAUUCACACCAACAAGUCUCAGAUAAGCCAGCAAAACAGUGAUAAGUAUGAUGCCCAGAAAAAUGAGACAGUCAGCAGCAAGGAAGGGUGCCAAUCCCGAGGGGCAGGAGGUCAAGCCCCACCAAUCAUGCCCCGACAUUCCUAAGGACUAGCCGCAGCUCGUUCUUCCAGAUUGAACUCUUAAACUGUUGCAAAUCUCGUGAGCAAGAGACGUUCUCACCUGGACAAAAGAAUUGCAUUCUUGUGAGAUUAAUCAUAUUUGUCUGAACCUACUUCAGAAAAAAAUCAUAGAACUUUCUCUGGAAAUAAAAAUCAAAUCACCUGUAUUCCAAAUUUCACAACCCAUGAACAACAACAAAAAUGAUAUCAUAAUAGUAGCCCUUACAGUUAAUUUCAGGUCAUUUUCAGUUCAUUAUAGGCAGAAUGUCUUAAGGAGAUGACUUGCUCACUCAAUACAAAGGAUUCAAUAACAUUCUGCUGAUAGAGGCGUCUGAGAUAAAAACAGGUACUAAGUAUGAUGCCCAUCAUCCUCAGAAGAGGAGAUGUCACAUAAGAAGAGGUGGAGAACAAAGCUCAGAGGAGCUCCAUCAUUAUGAUGAAUGUGGUAUUAUCAUCCUCUGGUUUAUGACUUGAAUAAAUGUAAUUCUUGAUUUUCAAGCUUUUAUCUUGAGAACUGAUAGAAGGUUGUGUUUCUAUAGUUGAAGCUUCUCUUUGAUGCUGCCUGUUGAAAGCAGCAUUCAGAAAAAUCCCCUGAAGCAUUGAGGAAAAACUGCCUCUUACUUCAAAUAAAUGUAUGCACAAAGUGCCAUUUUACAAUUGAGGGCACAUUAGUUUUUACUGUAAGGUCAUGUGACUCAAAGCACUUUCCCUUUCAUUGACCCUGGAUUAAUAGAACUUUAA